AUGCUCUCCACGCCGGAGGAUCUUUCUUGGAGCCCGGCGCCGUUACCGUCACCGUCACCGUCACCGUCAACCAGACCGCAGCCAGAAGGGUCGAGGGAUCUGCCGCCUCAGAAGGUUACCUCUCUGAGCCUGUUCGAAUCAAUCGUUACGACCUACCCGCCGAUUCUCGAAUCACUCCUUGCGCAGAUACCCACCGCUUCUCUCCUACAUCUCUACCAUACAUCUCGACACCUGCGGAGCUUUCUCAGAGACUAUCCACUUGCAUGGAAAGCGGUGUCAUUCCGGCUCCCUCAGCCAACGCUGCUUCUGGGCUCGCCGGGGACCGAGACACCCGAUGCGCGGGAACGGCAGUCCAAGCAGUACGCGCUUGAUGCCCUGCUGAUACAAGUGGUGGUACCCUUCGGAACAAGGUUGACCAGCCUGGAUCUUUGCAACACUGCUGUCUCAGGCGUCGCCUUGACUUCGAGGGUUCUGCAACCUCGUCUGGCCACACUACAACAUCUUUCCGUCCGAGGCUGCAAGAACGUGUCGAUCAAGUAUCACAUCGUGCCCUUCCUCGAACCCUACAGCCAGCGUCGCAACCCCUGGGCCGAACGCGGCCAUCUAGCACUGAGGAGCCUCUACGCAUACAGAUGUCGGCACCACCGCCGCAGGCCGUACCUUCCCUCCUCCCUCCUGCGAAGAGACUCGGACUCGGAACCCACACAUCAGCUCAUCGAGAUAUGCCACGAACUGAGUAUAUGGACAGACACGGCUUGGUGUCCAACGCCGGGAGGGAGAUGCUAUCGGAGGAGAGACUAUCACGCUAACCGCGUUGCGGCAGGGACGGCAGAGGUGUGGGUACCGUUUGACAGGCUAUGGCGCUCAUGUAACCGCAUCGGACCGGCCGAAGACCGCACAGAAAGCCGAAAACCUGACGGGCGGUUGUGGGAGGACGCAGAGACUGGCCAUGAUGGAGAAGCACUAGGGACACAGGGCGGACCUUUCCAAGGUGAAGGGAAGGGCGUGCCAGCACACCUGCGCAGGAGCCACCGGACAUUCGUCGAAAACCUCAAGUGCGACCAGUGCGGAGACGCAAUCUCGGAGCGAUGCCAGCAAUGUAGCAUACGGAUGCACUGCAUGGGGUGCCGGAAGACGCUCUGCGCAAGCUGCGCUUUCACUCGUCCUCUUCCAAGAAAGCGCGCGAAGACAAGUCAUUCGACAAGCCUGGCCUUUGGAGCAAGUAACACAACACCGCUUGAUUCCAUGUCGACACCGUCCUCAUCACAACAUCAUAUCCGGCAUUCGCCAGGAACGAAAAAGAACCGGUUCUGGUGGGCCCCAGGAGUAACGCGGUCGCCGAACUUGAUGAACGAAAAUGUUGCUGAGGAGGAUUCCUCCGAAUCUGACGAUGCUGCCGCCAACAAUGGAUCCACCUCUAUGACUUCCAUUUCUGCACCGCCAAAGCUCAAGAUGAACUGGUGCUGUCUCGAGCCAAUAUUCUCGGGAAGCGGAGACAUAGCAAUCUUGGGCCACGGUCUCGGCCGGGACGGCGCAGAGCGGAUUCGCGCAGCACCAUUACCGAAAGGCAAGGGAUAUGAGGAUCCGGACUUCACUUCGCUGCUUACGUCGCCGGAGCUAUUACGGAAAAUGAAGAACCAGCCACUUUACAAUCACGUUUUGGGUGACGACGUGGAUAUACUGCCGCACCUCCAACGAGAGAUCCUUGAUCUGCAAGCUGAAAGUUGUCCGCGCAGUCUCUGCCAGGAUUGCUAUCUAGCGUUUCGAUGGAAGAUCUCUUGCCGCGCUUGCAAGCGGCCUAUCUGCAAAGAGCAUGAUCUCAGAGGUCUCAAAGUGAGGAAGUGUGGGUACAGGGACCUCAAUAUCGAGCGCGAAUACGUCCUUAGUUUUCAGCCUGCGGUCAGCAAUCUUGAGAUACCCGCCUUUGGAGCGUCGGAGCUCAGGCCACUGCCAUCAGUUCCUCCAUGCAGUCCACCAAGCGAUCUACCAGUUCCCCAGCCUAGUAGCCUCGCUGAAGCGGAUAACACAGCAGAUGUCUUUGGGACCCCGCUGGAACGCUCUUCGGCAAGCUGUAGUUCUGAUAGAAAGCCUGUUCAGGCAUCUGACCCAGAACAUCCUGGGCGCACCAUGUCAAACACGCCAGACAGCACAGCGGGCACUACAGCACGUGCUGCGCAAGUCGAGAACAGCAAACUCUUCCAUGCAUCACGCGCACCCGACAUGUCCACAUCGGUCUUCUCCGAUCGCUUCGCCUCUACCAGCACGCUGGGUCCUGGUAUACCGCGUCAGCGCGCACUCAGUUUGUCGGGCCUUCAACCUAGACCGUCCCUCUGGUCCUGGCCGGACUCAUCGCGACCAUCGCAAAGAGACCAUCUACCGCUGCCGUGUCAUCCGCGUCAUCCGGUGCAGUGGGAGGGUUGUGGGGCUUACUUCUGUCAGCAGGUCCGGCCGAUUACCGACGGUCGGUUUCGGUGCACGGCGACGGUGAAGGAAUGCGCGGAGUGUGGGGUUUACGUGUGCGAGUUCUGCCUUGCGGAUACCGCCCGCUGCCCCUGCACCUACUGCAAACAAACCUUCCACUGCCCGCACUGUACCCUGAAGCCGUCAGUGCAGGCACAGUGCCGCCGCGAAGAAGAGCAGCGCGCCCAGAUCGCGGUCAUGCUAGCUGAGAAGAAGCGGCAAGAACGAGAAGUGGAGUUCUUGAAGCACGCCGAUGAGCUUGCUGAGGGCGUGCAGGAGUUCUUUGCUGGACUAUCUGCUGAGGAUGAGGCGGGGCUGGAGUACAGUGCUGAGGAUGAGACGCUGAUUGCUGAGGUGUUGGCGGCUGCUGAGGAGAGCUCGUUCAUCUAG